AUGGAUCACAUUGAAUUCAAAGUCCCUGCUGGGUGCUACACAGAAGCUUCUGUGAAGGAACUGAGAGCCUUCCUCAGCUGCACGCAUCGGAAGAUCGGCGAAGGAUCUCUUCUGUGGCGCGUGAGGCUUCAGUUGGCCGACAUGAAAGAGGAAUUUCAACGAAAGAUGAGCGACUUUGACCGAAAGAAAGCCAUGGAUAUGCGAACGCGCAGCAAGGACUUUGAGAAGAAGGUGGAGAUUGAGGCAGCGAAGCUUCGAGCGAGAACCAAGGACCAGUUGGAUUCCACGACCAAGCGGACCAUCAUGGAAAAUGAACAAAUGGUGGGCCGACAGCUGGAGGUUGUGGCAGUGCUUGAGAAGUUUGGGGCUUAUGGCAUUCGGCUGGUGAAGAAAUACACCAGUGUGGCCGUGGUGGCGGCAUUUCUGAUGCAAAAGGAGAAGAUCUCCCUGGGAAAGGCGAAAUCGCUGGGUUUCGGAGCUGAUUUCAUGGGAUUGUACCAGGAAUCAUGGGAUUUAACCGAGAAGCGUCCUGAGAUCGACUGUAGGACCAACUUUUUGGACCAGCUUCGGUCUCUGGAGGAGGAGCUUCAAGUGGUACCUGUAUGUCCCAUGACCCUGGAGGCGGCCGGCGCGCUCAAGAACGAGCUGUCUGAGGUCAAUCCUAAGGUGAUUAUGGAGAUUUCCUUCGAUGGGCAAUCCGUAGGGCGGAUCGAGUUCGAACUCUUCUGUGGCUGGGCUGAAAGGUUGAAUGACUUGAAGUUUGAAGGCUCAAGUGCAUCGAUAGCGAUGUGGACCGGCCACGGGAGUCGUGCUCGCCAACCAUGCUGGCGUAAACUGCAUGCGGCCUUCCAUGCGGGCGGUAAAUGCAUGCGGCCUACCGUGCUGGCGGUAAAUGCACGAGGACUAUCGAGCAGAAAGGCAACCUGGAUGUGGACGUUCUCGUUAAUCCUGCUGUUCCGUGUGUUCUUCUUCUCUCGCGUUUUCGUUUGUCUCGGUCGCGGAGUGGUAGCGUGCAGUGUCGCUCUGCCGACCCAACGUUUGCCGAAGCGAUUUUGCGGGGGUGGCCCGCCACCAGAAGCGAAAGAGCUCGUAGCUGCAAUCUGCUUGUCGGUUCUGCAAGACGAAAAGCGCGUCACUGCAGUGCUGAUCCAAUCUUGGGUGGACACCUGGCACGGCUGGGAAGAGUUAAAGGCGGAUGGGUCGGACACUGUUGCCAGGAACGUCGCAGAGCGUUUGCUGCAGAUCGCUGGCGUCAAUAUGCCCCGAAACAUGAUGACCAAUGCAUGUCGGUUGCAGGAAUUGACUGCUCGAAGCCAAGCGCACACAACCGAAGAUGAAGGAUCGAGGCACGAAGACCGAGGCCACAGACCGCCUAGCAUGGAGUUGCAACGAGUUCAUCAGGCCUUGGACGGAUUUUUCCGGUCACGCGGCACUGGCAUCAACGUGAACACGCAAGACGCUCGCGACAUCAUGGAAGCUUGGGAUGAUGCGGAGAGAUGCUCGGUGAAACUGCAUAUGCUAUUGCAGGCGAACACAACGUACAUGGAUGCGGGCAUGCAUGCUGCGCGACGCUUGCUUGGGGAAUGGCGCGCGCACUACGCAACAUACACCCAAGGUCCCGGGCAAAGAUUAGGCGAGUCGAUGAGCGGAAAGGGCGGGAAGAAAGAAGUGGAACCGGCCGCAGAGGCGGAGGCUAUGGAGGUGGAGGAAGCUGUGGCAAGCAAUCGGCAGAAACUAUCGGAAACGGAGGUUACCGACAAGGAUGCAAGCAGCACCGGGAAGAAAGCAGCGGCCAAGAGGCCGCUGGCUGAAGGCCUGGGUUUGCCUCGGAAAAGGUUACGCGGAAAACAGCCGGUGCCCGAACAAGGUCUAGCAAGGAACGAUGUCAAAGGAGAUGAUGCAUUGGAUCACGGCCUUGCACUCGAUGAGUAUAUUUUGCGGACAUGGCACGCUACACACGGAAACCCUGACCCACGAGCCCAGGGUGACAUGGUGUUAGAGGCGUUGGGAAAACAGUUUCGGAAGAAACCCACGUUGCCCCAUUGGAUGGCUAUAGCAACACGAAAUGCGGCUUUCGAUUUGCCGGAUUACAUUUGUUCUUUCGAAGGGUGUAAUUUUGAGUCGGAGCUAGCGGAAGCGUUUGAAGAACAUGUUUGUCAAGAGCAUCGCCGGGCACUGGAACCUUUGGCAUCCAAACCAGCAACCAAGGGCGAUCGCAUACAAUGGAAACAAUUGGCGGGGAAGUCGCAUUUUCUUGGCCUGUCUUUGGAAGAAACAAAACGAUGGCUGAGUUUAGACACGUAUUGGAGCACCUAUGCCAUGCAAUACGGGAGAACAGUCCGAGAACGCUUGCGCGCCGAGUUGCAAGAUUG